AUGGAGUCCGACAGUGCCGCCAGACGCUCGCAACAGCUCGCCGUGGUUUCCUCGUCUGCGGAAGCCGCCGCAGUGGACAUUGCGCCUCCCGCCUCCGGCCUUGCCGCAUCACCUCCCGCCGCCAUUGUCGUCGCGGCGCCAGCUGCCGCUCAACCGCCGCUACCGGAAAUUCAGGUACCGGAGGAGGACGAGCGGCUCGAGCCGUGGCUGGCGCACGUGUCGGUGCUCGUGCACCUCGCCACCUUCGCCAUCAUCGGGGUGCUGAUACGGUACGGGCUGGAGGUGCUGUUCGGGCCCGAGGUGGCGCACGUGACGGACGACGAGCAGACCGUCUUCAUCGACUUGCCCGCUAACAUCGCGGGCAGUUUCAUAAUGGGAGUGGUGGGAGUGGCGGCGAAGCGGCACAUAGCGGCGUAUUCGGAGCACCUGGCGAUCGGGCUGGCAACGGGGCUGUGCGGGUGCAUCACGACGUUCGCGUCGUGGAACCAGCGCAUGCUCGCCAUCCUCGCCUCCGGCCUCUGGGUGCGCGCCCUCGCCGGCUACAUCGUCGGUGCGUGCGCCCUCCCCCUCUCUGCGUGCGUUGUCACUUCGUUGCUCCUUUGUGCCUGUGCUGCUCUGUCAGUCAGUGUGCACUCUCCAUUGCUCCCCAUCUGCCAGCCUGCGCCAAUGUUCUCCCCUAUCCCCGCUCUACUUCCUCCCCCCCUCUUGUGCUGGCAUGCAGGAGCGGCGCUGCCGUUCGUGUCGCUGAUGGCGGGGAUCGACUUUGCGGACGGCAUCAAGUGGCAGAUCAAGCGCGCCAACGACCGCCGCACCGCGCGCGGGAAACCACCCCUGCGCGCGCCACGGAGCGACCACUUUGACCGGCGGUGGGCGUCGCUGCUGCUCUUCUUCUGCCUUUCCGUCUUCCUCGUCACUGCUGCCGCCAUCGGCACAGCACUCGACGACUGGUCCUCCAAGACGCGGCGGCUUUGGUUCGCGUGCGUGGUGGCGGCGCCGGGUGCGUGGCUGCGGUGGUACCUGUCGUGGCUGAACGGCGGGGCGGUGGGCAAGGGGCGGUGGUGGCAGUGGGUGCCCGUGGGCACGGUGGCUGCCAACGUGAGCGCGUCCGUGCUGGAGGCUGCUCUCUCUACUGUCGUGCUCGCUUACAACAGCGUGGAGAGUGUGCUGGCGGUGGGCGCCAUACAGCUGGGGUUCCUGGGGUCACUGAGCACCGUGUCAACGCUCAUGGUGGAGGUGCUCGCACUGCACAAGGCCAAGACCGGCCGCUGCUGGCGCCCCUACUUCUACCUCUACGGAGUCACCAUCCUCCCCUCCUUCCUCCUCGGCAUUCUCGUCUACUGUGUGCCCGUCUGGGUGCUCGACUACACCUCCAAAUACAAUCACUUGUAA